AGACAGAAAACUGCUGGAGCAGCAAAAAGUAGCAAAGAAUUUUCAAUCACAGCACAAUCGUUGUAGGCUGGUUUAUAGACUGAUUCAGGAAGAAGAAAUGCACUGUGAUUUAGUGCAAGAUAUUCUGGAAGAGGCGCAGCAAGGAUAAGGUUCAGUCCUGAGGAAAGUGUCUGAUGUGCAGCUGAAUUACAAGAGCCGAUCGGGAUAAUCGAAAAGCUGAUUGAUGCACAGUCCCUCAAGCAGUGGCACUCGAAUCAGCCUGACCUGGAAAUGCAAAGACCAUCCCUUAUGUGAACAAGGUUUUUCGGUGUUUGAAUUGAUUGGGUUUGCUUGAGUAAUAUUUGAAAAGUGCUUUCAGUGCACAGUUGGAAGAAUGAUGGAGACUGUAUCUGAGGAGCCGGUGAGCUGUGAAAGAGAUAGACUUUAAGCCAGAGAAGAUCAAAGCCACAUGCAGUGGAGGUUUGAUGGAGAUUCGGUCGGAUGACAGCUGGAACUGUUGUUAUCACUGGUGGAAUACUAGCAACAGUAAUACUGCUGUGUAUCAUAGGCGUGCUCUGUUACUGUAGGCUUCAGUAUUAUUGCUGCAAGAAGGAUGAAUCAGACGAUGAAGAGGAAGGCUCGGAUUUACCCGUUCAUCCACACUAUGCUUGCAACUCAUGCAACGCGCACCUUGUGGACGGUUUGGUCACUCAGCUGGCUCCUCCAGUGGAGCCCAGCCAGACAGUUGCGAGGAGCUCAUGCCCCAGCUGCUCGCCCUUUUACAUACAGACCGCUGACGAGAUGCGCAAUGGGGGCGAACGCAUCACGUACACUCCCGCCCGCUACAAAGAGCCAGGGCCGCCCAUUGAGAUGCCAUCGCUUCAAGGUUUCCCGGUGAGCCGGCAAAACACCAUGCGGGAGACGCUUGCGGGUGUCAGGGCUAUAAGUACUGAUGUGUGAACUGGGGACUGGGGAGCUUUGGGAGGUGGAUAGAGGGAGACUAUUUUUUUCUAUUAAGGGGAGGAAAAAGAGAGUUUGCAAAACAGCAUAUGGCCUUGAACAAGAGGCUCCAAUAAAGGAAAUUCACCCCGAUCUAAUCUCAUCAAUGAAGGGCAGCAUCUGCCCUACGAGAACACAACAAAGGCAUUACUUAGUUCCACCCUUAAGUUUCUUUCUGGGUGACAGCACAGACAAGAGAUGAAACCAGUCCGGCUGCACUCUUUUUGGCAAGUUCACUUGUGUUUUAAUAAACUUUC